AUGACUAUCUGGAGAACUAAGACUAGGCGAGGCGAGCCGGUGAGGAAGUCGGAAAGUUCGCUACAACAUCGCGGACAGGAACGAUCUCGUUCGAGGUCGCUGUCGUCGUCGCCACUUAGAGAGCCGGGCGUAACGUUGGAGAAGAUCGUUUCCAACAACUAUGCCGCAGCCGCAGCCGUAGCCCAGAUGGUGAGGGCCCACGGCAUUUAUCGUGACGUCCUGGAGGAACAUCUGAUGACGAGGAACAUUGGCCAGCAUAGAUCGGUAGCCCCCAGUGCGACAGCACAGAAAGUGGUUCAGCAAGCGGUUGCAGCUGCGCCACCGCCGUCGGAGGCUAAGGCGAAACCGCCUCAGGCUGAGCCUCAAUUGACGACGUCGAAUCCACAGCAGUCGAGUUCUCAGCAGUGA